UACCAGCAGCCAUGAGAACAACACUUCUAUUAAGUUUAUACGUAACUUUCACUCUUGCCUUUACUUUUGAUCGAGCAAGAAUUAGUGCUAUUCCAGGAAUUGGUAGUUCUCCUGAAGAUAACAAUCAAACUACCAUGCUAAGCCAUUAUCAGGAUAGGUUGAGUCACUAUGAAGAUAAGUUGAGCUUCUAUGAGAAUAAGUUGAACCACUACUAUCUACUACUUUAUCACGAGAAGUUGAGCUUCUAUGAGGAUAAGUUGAGCCACUAUGAGGAUAAGUUGAGCCACUAUGAGGAUAAGUUGAGUUUCUAUGGGAAUAAGUCUAGUCAGUACGAAGAUAAGUUGAGCAACUGUGAGAAUAAGUUGAGUCACUACGGGGAUAAGUUGAGCAGCUGUGAGAAUAAGUUGAGUCACUACGGGGAUAAGUUGAGCCACUAUGAAAAUAAGUUGAGUCACUAUGAGUAUAAGUUGAUCCAACAUGAGGGAAAGUUUAGUUACUAUGAAAAUAGGUUAAGUCAUUAUGCGGAUAAGUUGAACCACUAUGAGGAUAAGUUGAGUCACUAUGAAGAUAAGUUGAGUCACUACGAAGAUAAGUUGAGUCUCAGAUCCACAUACAACAUACAUCCAGUGACAAACGUAACACAUGCAGAGAGUCCAUCGGUGAACGUCACAUAUGCUUUAAAAGGUAAAAAAAUAGGAAGAGCAGAGUUGGAGGGAGAUAGAGACGAAGCAAUGACUGCUACAUCUUGGAAAGACGACAAACCUUGGAAAUUAGAUCCAUUGUCGGAAGAGUAUGAAAGGCCCAAAGAAGAUACAAAUAUAUCUGUUAAAAUACUUAUUGUACAGGAUGAUAUAGUAUCUGUACUUGACCUCGCCACGAAAGAACUUCUUCCACCCCUCAGGGAUGAAGAAUAUGUUCAAUUCCGGAGCAUCGACUACUUAUACAAUGAACGCUUAAUAUUCUACUUGGCAAACAGCUGUAUUAUGAGAGCUACAUUUGAUGAAGAUUUCCAACUAUCCAAAGAAACAAUUAUAGUAAACAACACAGGUGACGAGCGGAUAAGCUUAGCUGUUGACUGGGUCAGCAGACAUCUUUACUGGAUAGAAGAAAAUGGCCAGCGUAUCAUAAAAUCUGAUCUGGAUGGUGAAAAUCAAAAGAUAGUGGUGCAAAACUCGAGAACCUACAGCUUCACUUUUCCCAAUAACAUUGUCGUGGACCCCUGUAAUGGAUUGGUAUUUUUUGUCAGUAACUAUGCAGUUUACAAAAUAGAGUCAAAUGGAGAUAUUAAACAGAUUGAAAUAGAUGGAAAUCAUCCUGGAGAAAGGGAAAGAGGUGUAAGAACGAUAGCACUUGACAGAACUAGGAAAUAUAUUUAUAUCUCCGGGGAAGAAAUAAAAGUGGCUGACAACACUCAUUACUUAGCAAGAGUCCGCUAUGAUGGUAGUCAUAUUAAAGAAUUUCCCAUGAAGGGCAUGAGUGAUAUCUUCAGCAUGGAUGUGUUUGAUGAUACAUUAUAUUGCGCUGAAUUUAAACCCGAAGUUGAAGAACGCCUGUUGUCAGUUAGUACGACUAUAUCUGAUAAACUGUCCCCUACAAAACUGUUCGUACCACGAAGAUAUUACCAAAGCAUUUUUGACUUCAAGAUAUACGGGCCGAGGAUUCAGAAGUGUACUUGUUCAUAGCUGACAAAUAGUAACAUUUUGUACAGAAACUAAACUUUAAUUUACCAAAAUAUAUCUUUUUCGAUAUUCACUAACAGUUUUAUAGAAAUAUAUAUUGUUUUUUAAUAAACAGUAAAUUUAUAACUUGAGAAGUAUUGUUUCGCGUUUUACCCCAAGAUCAUUUAUAACUAUUUCAUCUCUGUUGAUGAAAACUAUGUAAAAUAAAUACAAAACAUAAUAGCUUU